AUGACACCUCCGCCUACAGGAGAAAAGAUGGACGAUCUCAGCCUGCCAUCCGAGAUCCCGGUAGAUGAAGACUAUGGCUUGUCAAGAGACCUCGACUAUGACGAUGGCUCGGCAUAUUCCAUUGCUUCUACCAAAUACAACUUUACCUGGGAGAAUGGUCGGCUUUAUCACGACUACAAGGCCGGUCAUCCCUUCCCUUACGAUGAGCGCUCCCAAGAAAACGAAGAGGUCCUCCAUGAGAUGAUGCUCUACAUCCAAGACGACAAGUACUUUGCCGCUCCCGUCGACGGUGAUCAGCUGAAGAAUGUACUCGAUCUUGGAUGCGGUCUUGGCCUCUGGUCUGAAGGCGUUGCCGACCGAUAUCCCGAGUGUAAUGUACUCGGCGUCGACUCAGCGCCACGCAACGAUCCAAUCAUCCCGAAUUGCCAGUUCGAGUUGGCCGACGUGACCGAAGAGUGGCUGUUCGUCAAUCCCAGCACCAAAUUUGACCUCGUCCACAUUCGAUCACUAUUUGCAUCGUUGAAAUUAGAAGACUGGCUGCCGCUGUACAAGCAGUGCUUAGAUAACAUGGAGUCUGGAGCCUGGAUCGAGCAAAUCGAAGUUGAGAUCAAGGUCUACUGUGAUGACGAUACCAGAAAACCUGAUGGCGAGCUCGAGCGACUUGCAGAAAUGACUCAAGUCAUGUCCUCAACUCAUGGUGCUUAUUUUCAAAUUGCAGAAAACAUGAGCACAAUGAUGCGGGAUGCUGGCUUCACUGAUGUUAGGGAAGCCAAGUACAAGUUGCCCGUGGGCUGGUGGUCUGCCGAUCCCAAAUACAAGGAGAUUGGGAAAUUUUUCGAGCGAUUUUACAAGACUGGUCUCCAAGGAUGGCUCAUGCAUAUCUGGACCAAAAGUAUGGGGUUUACGCCCGAAGCCGUGAACGAGGCGUGUUUGAAAGCUUUCGCUGAGAUCGACUCAAGAAAACACCAUUAUUACUUCCAACUGUGA